AAAGAAUCCUUCUACGAUUUAAUUCUCUCGUCUCUCUCUCCUCUUCUCUCUCUCUAUCUGAAGAACCCUCGUCCAUCGGAUCGGAUCGAUUACAUGUUCGUAAUCGGCGAUCGGCUGUUCGUCUUAUGCGAAGAAUUUUUGUUGCUUCAUGCUCUGUCUUCAUCGUUCUUAACGGAAAGCUGAAUCUUAAAUUUCUUUAUAAGUUCUAAUUAUUAGCUAACAAACCAUGGGGGGCGGAAAAGAUAAACAUGAUGAAUCUGACAAAGGUUUAUUCUCGCAUUUGGCUCAUGGUGUUGCUCAUCAUGGAGCAGGAUAUCCUCCAGGAGCAGGAUAUCCCCCACCUGGAGGGUAUCCUCCACCUCAUGGCUAUCCACCACAAGGAUAUCCCCCGGCACACGGCUACCCCCCGGCUGGCUAUCCCCCGGGCGCUUAUCCUCCCGGCGCAUACCCUCCCGGUGCAUAUCCUGGACCCUCUGCACCACACCAUGCAGGGCACGGAGUAGCGGGAAUGCUCGCCGGUGGUGCUGCCGCUGCGGCAGCUGCUUAUGGCGCCCAUCAUGUCGCCCAUGGCGCCGGUCAUUACCCCCAUGGCGCUGCUCAUUACGGGCAUGGUGGAAAAUUCAAGCACCAUGGAAAGUUCAAGCAUGGGAAGUUUGGGAAGCACAAACAUGGGAAGCACGGGAUGUAUGGUGGAGGGAAAUUCAAGAAGUGGAAGUGAUUUUUCUGCCAUCUCUAUUCACCGAGCCUUCUUCUUUCAGUGGCUUUCAAGAAUGGCCUCGGUACAGGUAGUGGGGUACCAUCUCCCUCCUUCCCUUAAUCUCUCUUAUCUUCUGCUGUAAUAUGUCUUAAAAGACUCUUUUGGAUAUCGCGCAGUCUUUUUUCUUAUCAUAACUAUACUGUUUAAUGGUCUGCUUCUGUACUGCUGCUGGACAUCAAUAAUCUGGAUCACUUCCAGUUUUAACCCUUAUUUUCUUCUUCUUGUAAAUCCUCUUAAUUGUUCUUGCUUUAGGUGGCAAAGAAAUAUGUACUAUUUGAUUUUUCUUUGGGAAAUCAAAUUUAUUUCCAGCAAGUAAAAA